AGUGCUCGUGGCGGCGGUGACACGCGCAAAAAAUAUCUCGCACUCUCUGAGUUUGUCUUCAGUCGUUGAUCCCGCACCACCACCAUGCCCGGCCACGUCAAGAAGAGCACGGGUCCCGACCCCGAUCCCUCUGAGUAUCUCUUCAUUUCUCCUGAACAAAAGCGCAUCGACCAGGCGAAGCCCUACGAUCCCAAGAGGUCCUAUUGGGCUCCCGAUCCCGAGGAGGGUUUCGUUGAGUGUGAGCUUCAGGGCGCCAAGGGUGACAAGUUGGUUACGGUUAAGCUUCCUAGUGGUGAGAUUAAGGAUUUCAAGAAGGAACAGGUCGGGCAGAUCAACCCUCCCAAGUACGAGAAGUGUGAGGAUGUGUCUAACUUGACCUUCCUGAACGAUCCCUCCGUCUUCUACGUCCUCAAGUCCCGUUACCAGGCCAAGCUUAUCUACACCUACUCUGGUCUCUUCUGUAUCGUCAUCAAUCCCUACAAGCAAAUGCGGCAUUCCUUCUGA